AUGAAUCAAGAUGUUUGUUUAAAAUUAGUGAUUUUGCCUGAUCAGUUUUCGAUCUGUCGACUCUCCACAACAGAUAUAGUACCAGAAUGGGCUUACACUGGUUCAUUUGUUUCAAUUACGCGAACUGCUGAUGAAUUAUCAAUUGUUACUAAACAAGAGAAUGUUCCAAAUGGUAUUCAACAAGAAUCUGGAUGGAAAUGUUUUAAAAUUCAAGGUCCACUAGCGUUCUCUAUGUCUGGUGUUCUUUCUUCUUUACUGGAACCGUUGGCUGUUGAAAAAGUAUCGAUCUUUGCGAUUUCAACAUACGACACUGAUUAUUUACUGGUUAAACAAACGAGUCUACAAUUAGCAGUCGAAAUUUUGAGGCGAAACGGGCACUCUAUUGAUGAGAUUCCAUCGCAAACAUCUUCCUCCAAUACUGUCACACAAUAA